AUGGACGACAUACAGCCGCGCAUUCGCCAGCUGGCGGCCGACAUUGACCGUCUUAAGGCGGCUGUCGCGCCCCUCCUCCUCAACGACGCCAGCAGCUCGUCCUCGUCGACCAACAGCCACGCGGCCGCCGCUAUGCACCUCCCGCUGCUCGACAAGGCCAAGCUGCACGUCCUCGCCAGCUUUGCGCUCGAAUCGACGCUGUACUGCAGCCUGGGCCUCGCGGGUGUCGAUGCCCGCAACCAUGCCGUGUUUCGCGAGCUGCAGCGCGUGCGCCAGUACAUGGGCAAGAUUGACGCGGCCGAGAAGCCGCCAGUUGCUGAGCCGCCCACCAACCGGCUGAACAAGUCAGCGGCCAUUCGGUUUCUCAAGGCAGAUCUAGACGAUAGCCCGGGGGUGAGGUCGCAGUUGGACGACCUGCUGAAGCAGGAGCAGGCGGCCGCAGCGGCCGGGACGCAGUCAGAGAGUGCUGCUGCGCGUGCUGCGGGCAACGCCUCGCCCCGUGGCAGGAAACGAGGCGGCGGUGCGGCGGCGGGCGGAGGAGCAGGAAGCAGCUCGGGCGGCGGCCUAACGAAGCGGCCAAAGCAUGGCAGUGGUCGCGAUUCUCCGUCUAGCGACGCUCGCGGCCGUAGCCAUCCAUACAGCAGGGGAUCGCGGGCGACAUGA